UUAAUCCAUAAUAAUUAUCUUUUCUCUUUUUCCUCUUCAUGCUUCUUUUUCUUUGUAAACCCUAAUUAUCAAGUUGUGAUUGCUAUUGAUUUCUUUCUCUUCGUUGUUGAUAUUGCAGGUAACAAUACAUGGAUGUGCAGAGAUAUGCGAGAAACUAUCGAAGAGAAAAUAUAAAGCUUUCAGUCGCACUUUUAUGGUCGUAUGAUUUUGCAGAUAAAGGGUUUAUCAGAGGACAAUAAUAGCUUUUGAUUGAUUCUUUUCUCUGCUGUGAUUAACUAGCAUACCAGACAAAGGGUUUAUCAGUUCAAAAAAGGUACGAACUAACAAAUAUUUUCAUACUAAUAACACCAAUAGCCCUUGAUUAAUUCUUUUCCAUGAUGUGAUUCACAAGCACACUAGGUAAAAUCGUUUUCAUUUUUAUGCUAUAUUUAAAGUUAUAAAAAUAUAAAUUAGGGUUUGCUAUUGAUAAAGUACGUAAUCUCUUCUUUGAUUUACAACUCUCUUCUCAUGUUGCAUAAGCUUUGAGUAUUUUGAUAUCCUGAUCUUAAUCUAUAUGCUUCAUGAGUUUUGAUUUUGAAUGCUUUCAUUUAUUUCUUUGUUAAGUAAAUAAGAAGUGAGCUUUGUCAAAAAUGUGUUUCAUUUAAUUUAUUGGCUUUGUGAGGUUCGGAUUGUUUAGCACAGUUACUGAAAAAGGACUCCUAAGGAUAUUCAGAUACUCAAUGAGUUUAUUCAUAAGGAGGUGAAGGGGGAACUGUUUAAGCAGACUCCAUUGAUGUUGGGAAACAGUUCGAGAAGCAAUUGGAGCAACGGGUGCACCAUUGCAUAAAGGAGCUCGAGAUGAAGCUUCUAAUAUUUAUGGAUAUAGGGUCAGGUUAUGUAGAACAGAAAUUUUGAUAUUAAUUUGGGUUAUUUUUUUAAUAUAGUUGUGCUAGAUGAGCUAACUAAUAAUCUAUGUAGCAGGUAAUUUCUGCUGAGCAUUGUAAAGGGGAUUCCUAAACUACAUUAUAUGCAGCUGAUUUUGAUAAUCCAGAAUCCAGAUUACGAAAGAGAUCCAUCUUCAUUGGUGUUUUUGCGGCUAACUUUAUUUCUCUCUUUUGAUUUAAUAUAUCCUAACCACCUCUUUUGCUUUUCUUUUAAUUUGGGUUGAAUGGUAUUCAGAGGGUGAAAUUUUAUCUAGCAAGGUUGUGGUGGAAGCAACUAUCUGGAAGGUUGUCAAGAAUAUGGUAUCAUUCAUGCUCCUUCAAAUGGUUUUGAUCUAUUAAUAUCGGUUACGACUCAACAACAUAAUGGGUCUCUUUAUUUAGUAUAUGUAGAAUGGUGUACAAUCCUGUCAAUUAAAUGCAGCAAAGUUGGUAACAAAUCCUAAUUAACUUAAAGUUUUGUUUUCAAAAUGUGGACUUUUGAUAACGACGAUUGGUAAAUCUAUAUCUGCUAGCUAUUCAUCAACAAAGAAAGAAUUUCUGAACUGGAUAUUAGAUUAACCACAGAUCUGUGGCGCAAUGGUAGCGCGUCUGACUCUAAGUCAGAAGGUUACAUGUUCGAUUCACGUCAGGUCUAUGUUAUUAUACAGAUACUAUCGGUUAAAAUUAUUUAGUGACCUUUGGUUUCAUGCUCCAUCCCUGCAUUUUGUUGUCAAUUGGCUAGCUGAACAGCAAGAAGAGAUGUGUUUAAUGUCCAGAGAUAAUCUCAUAUGCUUUGCCUAUUCUGUUAAUGGUGGUGAAAUGUCCUAUUUAUUGUAGUGCAAUCAUUAGAAAUUUUAGUUUGAGGUUUGCACAUCUUUAUUCCCUAAACUUACUCAAGUUAUUUUACUAUAUUCCAAAGUUGACUAAAUCCUUUUUGUUGUAAAACAAAAUUUCCUAAGCUAUCAGCAAACAUGGAGUAGGUCUGCAUAUUUAUCAACCGCGAAAAGUUCCGGAUAUAUUGUGGGCAGAAUGAAGGCAUUUCCUCUUACAUCCAGUGAGUUACUGAGCUUUAUUAUCAAGGGAAGAGGCAAUGCAAAUAAAUAAUUUACAAAGAGGAAAAGAACAUGGAAUCAAAGAGAAGGGUAAGCCAAAUACAUAUUUUCUCCAAAUAUCUGGGCCCGUGCAGAGCACGGGCGUCAUGCCUAGUUGCUAUAAUAAUAAGACGGUUUAAUUUGGAUCCGGGCAUUCUCAUCACGGCGCCUCCGCUUUCUUUUCUUCUCCCUGGUUUUCGUAAAAGAUUUUGUUCGUCUGAAGGGAGCAUUGCUCGUUAGAAAAAAGGUGUAAUUAGAAAGAAGAGAUGACUAGUCGGCCACGACAAUACUACCCCACCUCUUAUGAAAGUCCUACUUUGCGCAAGACCAUUGGAAAACCUAUGUCGGUAAAAACACACGAUGGUUUCUCUAUUUGUGGUGGAGAUCUCUCAGGUCUUCGUUAUGCUCCUACUACCAGUGAUCCAGAUGCUUAUACUGAAGAUAAUGGAGGGUUAUUUUUUAGUGAAUCUAAAAGUGAGAGAGUAACACACUCCUUGCACUCGACAAACAGAAACAGCAAGAGAAAAAACAUGUACCUGCUGCAGGAAAACCAAAAUCCUAAUGCAUCAGUUUCUUGCAGGAAAAUUGCCAAGAAACAGCAGCAAGACCUGUGUUUCGUGAACGAGAAUAGGCGUCCGUUAAACCCAUUAGACCUUAAUGUUCUAACUUCUCAUGUGACUUCAAAGACGAGCAACAACGAAAAGACCAAGAAGAAGUCGCCCUCCGCUGAGCCUGGUUGUAUAAGUGUGGAGGCUUGUCAUAGCUCCAAUUCAGAUGCUGAUACUGUAGAUUCUGAAUAUAAUAGAGGGUUAUGUCUGCAGCAGGAAAACCAAAAUCCUAAUACCCCAGUUUCUCGCAGGAAAAAUGCCAAGAAACAGCAGCAGAACUUGUAUUACAAGAACGAGAAUAAGCGCCUAUCAAACCAUAAUGUUCUAACUUCUCAUCUGACUUCAAAGACGAGCAACAACGUAAAGACCAAGAAGAAGUCACCCUCUGAAGAACCUGGCCGUAUAACUGUUGAGGCUUGUCAUAGCUCCGGUUUAGAUGUUGAUCCUGUAGAUUCUGAAGAUAAUAGAGGGUUAUGUCUGCAGCAGGAAAACCAAAAUCCUAAUGCCUUGUGUUCUUGCAGGAAAAAUGCCAAUAAGCAGCAGCAGAACCUGUAUUACGAGAAUGAGAAUAAGCGCCUACCAAAUCGUAAUGUUCUAACUUCUCAUAUGACUUCAAAGACGAGCAACAACGAAAAGACUAAGAAGUCACCCUCUGAAGAAUCUGGCCGUAUAACUGUUGAGGCUUGUCAUAGCUCCGAUUUAGAUGUUGAUCCUGUAGAUUCUGAAGAUAAUAGAGGGUUAUGUCUGCAGCAGGAAAACCAAAAUCCUAAUACCCCAGUUUCUCGCAGAAAAAAUGCCAAGAAACAGCAGCAGGACCUGUAUUUCGUGAACGAGAAUAGGCGUCCGUUAAACCCAUUAGACCUUAAUGUUCCAACUUCUCAUAUGACUUCAAAGACGAGCAACAAGGAAAAGACCAAGAAGAAGAAGCCACUCUCUGAAGAGCCUGGUUGUAUAACUGUCAAGGCUUGUCAUAGCUCUGAUUCAGAUGUUGAUUAUGUUUGUCGUAGCUCUGAUUCAGAUGAUUCUGUAGAUUCUGAAGAUAACAGAGGGUUAUGUUCGCCAGAAACGAAAAGUGAGAAGGUGAGUAAAGGUCCUGCACGUUUGAGCUCCUUACUUUCCUUACUGGCCACAAGCAAGAACAAGAACAAGGAUAUGCAACAGCAGAAAGCCAAGUUUAGUAACAUCCCUCGUGGCCCCUCGAGCAUUGAUGGCUGUCUUUCUUUUAUGACUUCAAAGAUGAAAAUCAACGAGGAGACCAAGAGGCACCAGCUGGAUAAGGAACAAUGGGAAGCUUCCUGGUAUCAAGGAAUUGGGAAGCCAAACUCAAAGUAUGGCCCUCAUGAGAUGACAUACUGGGUAACUGUAGAUGGUUACUUCAGAAAGGAAAGAGGAGGUGGAUGUGGAGCUAUUAUUCGUGACGAACUUGGUAAACCUAUUGUUGCCUUUUCUGGGAUUUCUAGAGUGCCAGUUUCAUUCCUUCAUCACCAGUUCGAGGGUAUGAUAGAAGGGCUGGGACUCGCAUUGAAGUAUCAGCUUCUAGAUAUUGUGCUUGGAUGCAAUUCAAAGCGUGCCGUUAACAUUGUCAGCAGGGUUCUUGGUACAAUAAAUGGAUGCCGUUCUCAUGGCAUUGGAGAUAGUUCUUUUAAUGUUGUUUGUGGAAGAUGUGUGAAGCAACUUACCACUUUUGAUGAGUAUCCCACUGUGUUUCCUCUCUAGAGGAAAAUUGCGAAGAUGUCUGAUAAGUUUCCUUUCACGGUGGAAUUCUUCAGUUUCUCAAGAGAACUCAACAGAUCAGCUGAUUUUCUGGCUAAGCUUGAUGUGCAUGUCAGGGAGAUCAAUCCAUGCCAAUUCCCCGAGGACUUGAAAAAAAUUCUUGCUGAAGAUUUUUGUGGCUCUCAUAAGCACGGGUUGCCUUUUAUUCCGUAGAGUUUCUGCUUUCACUUUUCAGUUUUGUCUGGAUCUAUUGGCUAAUACACCUAUCACUUCUGUUGAUUAUGCUGCGGGUAUCCCUCCCGGUAUGAAGAGGCCAACUUUGCAGGCUUCUUUCAGGUGCUGGAGAUAAAAUAGAAGUCAUCAGUAGCAGCAGCAGAUUAUCUGGCUAAGCUUUGCGGACCGGCCAUCGUACUUAUGAUUAGUCUUUAGCUUUGUUAUCUGGUGAGCUGAAACUACUUUUAGUAUUUUUUGAUGUCUGAUGUAGAGAUGGAAUGAUUCUGAGUUAAUCUUACAGUCUGUGCAGUAAAUUCAAGCCCCC